AAAAAGAUCCGACUCCAGAGAACGAUUCAUUCACGAGUCGGACAUCGCUAGUAGUAACCAAAAUAAAUGGCAUUUGACUUCCGCACCGCUGCUAACUGCUGAUUUAAACACCAUGACGGCGGGUGUCGGACUGAUGUGUGUUCUUUUCCUGGCCCUUCCAUCGGUCACGUAUGCUUCAGCACCCAGUUUCUCUGUGGAUUACAAUCAAAACUGCUUCCUUAAAGAUGGAGAGCCAUUUCGCUACAUCUCGGGCAGCAUCCACUACAGCAGGAUUCCCAGAGUCUAUUGGAAGGACAGGCUACUCAAGAUGUACAUGGCUGGUCUGAACGCCAUCCAGACGUAUGUGCCAUGGAACUUCCAUGAGCCGGUGCCUGGUCAGUACGACUUUACCGGAGAUGGGGAUCUAGAGCACUUCCUGCAGCUGUGCCAAGACAUCGGCCUGCUGGUCAUCAUGAGACCAGGCCCCUACAUCUGUGCAGAGUGGGAUAUGGGGGGUUUGCCUGCCUGGCUGUUGAAGAAGAAAGACAUUGUGCUGCGAUCAUCUGAUCCAGACUACCUUGCAGCAGUGCAUAGGUGGAUGGAUAAGUUGUUGCCCAUCAUAAAACGUUACCUGUACCAGAACGGCGGACCCAUCAUUACUGUGCAAGUAGAGAACGAAUACGGCAGUUACUUUGCCUGUGAUUUUAAUUACAUGCGGAAUCUCAGCCAGCUGUUCCGCUCUCAUCUGGGAGAGGAGGUGGUCCUGUUCACCACUGAUGGAGCAGGCGUGGGUUAUCUCAAGUGUGGAUCCCUCCAGGGCAUCUACGCCACUGUUGACUUCGGCCCAGGUUCAAAUGUUACCGCUGCGUUUAAAGCUCAGAGACAUGCAGAGCCACGUGGGCCUUUGGUGAACUCUGAGUUCUACACAGGCUGGCUGGACCACUGGGGCCAGAAACACUCUGUUGUGAACACAGCGGCUGUGGUCAAGAGCCUCAAUGAAAUCCUGGAAGUGGGAGCCAAUGUCAACUUAUAUAUGUUCAUCGGUGGAACUAACUUUGGUUAUUGGAAUGGCGCCAACUCUCCUUAUGGUCCUCAGCCAACCAGCUACGACUAUGACGCCCCGCUUACAGAAGCUGGAGACCUCACAGAGAAGUAUUACGCCAUAAGAGAAGUCAUCAAAAUGUACAAAGAGAUACCAGAAGGGCUGCUGCCUCCAUCAACACCUAAAUUUGCAUAUGGACAAGUGCAAAUGAAGAAGCUCAAGACCGUGUCGGAGUCUUUGGAUGUAUUAUCUUUCUCUGGCCCUGUAAAAACUCUUUACCCACUAACAUUUACUGAAAUGGAUCAGGCAUUUGGCUUUAUGCUGUAUCAAACGGUGUUACCUGUUAACUGUGUGAAGCCCACCCCGCUGUCAUCCCCUCUUAACGGAGUCCAUGAUCGGGCAUAUAUAUCCAUUGAUGGUGUUUCUGCUGGUAUUUUGGAGCGGAACAAGGCACUGACCAUCAAUAUAACGGGAAAAGCUGGCAGCCGUGUGGACAUCCUGGUGGAGAACAUGGGCAGAAUCAACUACGGCAGAGAAAUUAAUGACUUCAAGGGUCUGGUGUUUAAUCUGACUCUGGGUGCUGAUAUUCUGGGUAACUGGACGGUGUACUCUCUGAGUAUAGAUGAAGCAGUGCGUAAGGGUCUGCUGUCGGCAUCAAGCAGAUCCAUCUCCUCGACCUCCACCGGUUUCACCACCACACCUCCUCCUGCUCUUUCACCUCCAACCUUCUACGCUGGCAGCUUUCUCAUCCCUGACGGCAUUCCUGACCUCCCUCAGGACACAUACAUCCAGUUUCCCAACUGGAGGAAGGGUCAAGUGUGGAUUAACGGUUUUAAUGUGGGCCGGUACUGGCCUUCCCGUGGGCCACAGGUGACCCUCUUUGUCCCAGCCAAUCUCCUCAGCACCUCCGUCCAAAACAACAUAACCGUUCUGGAGCUGGAGGCAGCACCGUGCUCCUCAGGUUCCUGCGUGGUGGAGUUCACUGAUACUCCAGUCAUAAACUCCACAGUCAAGACAACCAGCCAGUAUACGAGACAGCUGUUCAAAAAACAAGACCUCUUAUGAAUCCAUAGAAUAUUUCAUUUGCGUAACACAUUUUACUGAUCUGAAUAUCUGAAAGGAUAUGCCAUGUGUCAGCUCUAUAUGAUCACUGUGAAUGUACAGUACUAUCUUGCCAAUUCUCAGGUGUCAAAUGCAAGAAUGAGCUGUGUGAUCUUAAUUUGAGUGAACCAGAUCCUCUCAAGAUGAUGUAAACAUUAUUUUUUACUGUGGAUACUUACUUUUAUUUUGCACUUUCCAUUGUUUUACAUAAUACUAGAAAUCUUAGUUUUUAUUUGGACUAAUUUGCUACAUUGUGUAGUCAAGCCUUAAUUGCAUAUAAGUGAUUUUAUUUUUGCACCACAUGUUGACUUAUGCUUUGUAAUGUGUCACUAUGAAAUUAUGUUGAAUGGUUUUAUGACUUUUAAUUGAUUAAUUGUUGAAGCCUUACAGAAAUCCAUUGUUGUGUGUAAAUAAAUACAUUUGUAUGUAAAAUAAACUGGACUAUUGUAUUCA